AUGUCGGAGAUUGACGAUGUCAGCGAGUCUGACGAGAACCACGUCGUUUUUGCUGAAGAGCCUGUCAGAUUGAGGAGCGGUCAAAGGCGGACAUCGAGAAAGUUCAGUACGAAGACUGAGGCUUUGCUACGUCGAAAACGUGAGCAAUGGAGUGCAACAAGGCGGAUAUUCGCCCUGUGGCAUUCGUACUUGCUACUGAUUGCGGCGUGUGCAAUUGCAUGCUCUGUGCUGGUGGUCAUACUGUUCUGGCAUGUGGAUUGGUACGAAAGAUACAGAGAAAGCGGCGACAUUGUGGAGUUCCAGUUACACUUUCUGGCCACCUUCAUUAAAAGUUGGUUGCUCGUAAAUCUGAGUAGUGAGAUGUUGCGAUUUUGUUAUCUACUGGCCGUGGACAGUUGGCGUGACGACGUCUUUGAAGCAUACCGACGAGCAUUGUGCUUCGCCUCUUUUGCGGAAAUUGCUGCCGGAACGUUCUACGUUUGCGGUUGGCCUCAGCCCAUGGGUAACUGGCGAAGGCGCGCGGACGUUGUGUUUCAAUUGACCAUCUAUGCAACUCUGGACAUUUUGCCAAUCGUCACUUUUGCUAUGAAUUUUGCGAGUUGGAGGAUCCACUAUGCGUUGGCCAGCUUGGUCCUGGUUCUUGCAUGUUUACACGUGUUGCUUUUCCUCAUGGCUUGGACGCUGAGCAACGCUGCCAUGAAGUUCAAAGCAUUUCGGGCUGCGUGGAAGAGUAACGUCGUCCGUGUCUCUCGACUGGGCACUGCCACGCGCAUCUUGCCUAUUGGACGCCUGACGCGUGAUGGCACACCUGCAUCAGUGUUGCCAGACAGGGUGCUUGAGAGCACGGUCAUGGCUGAAGAAGUUGACACAGAUUCAGAUUCAAGCGAUGAAGACAGUGAAGAGGAAGAAGAAGAGGAGCUGCCAGAUCGCAACCAUGUUCUGAUCAACGAGCAUCUGGUCAGGAAAGCCGAGCAGCUAGCAGUCAUGAGUGGGGACACACCAAUUGACGUCUGCGUACCUUUGUGUAUGGCAUAUCGUGCAUUGUGCAACAUCUUCCCUUUACUGCUGGCCAUGACUGCGACACUCUUCGGACUGGUGGCAAGCAAACCUCCCGUCGCUGUGAUCGGGGCGAUUGCGGUUUGCAUGGUCCUCACCCUCGCACACAUAGGCACACCGGUGAUUCGCCCAAGGUGGUCUCAGUCAUUUUGUGAAUCAGAGACUCGCCUCCGGCACCUAGAGGAGUGGGGUGAAGUGUUCUGCGGACUGAAGUACAUGUCGCAGCUAAGAGCACGAGCUCCUUUGUGCAUCAUGGUCUUCUUCAUGGGUGUUCUGGCUGGCUCCCUGAACUGGUGGUAUUCCAUGUGGUGCUGCUCGUUUAUCCUGCUAGCAUGCUUUGCUGCACAGCUCGCGGUACUCUUCCAAAAGCCUUGGACCUGGCUAAUCGGACUCGUGGAAACCUUCCUCUUGGUCUUCUUGUGUUUGAUGGUGCUGUGGUACAACCCGUUGUUGAACCCAUGGCAAGAUAGCGCCCUCCUGGGCAUUCUGCUCAUCCCGCGCGAGUUCGGCUUGCAGAAGCGGCUGGCAGCGGGAGAACGAAUGCGGUACUUGGCACUCUUUGCGCUGGGGAGCUUCCAGUUUGCACUGAUCUGUGUCAUCUCCAACUGCAUGGCGGUAGAACGUGUCUCUGCGACGGAGUCUAUGUUCUGCCUUCCGGGAUCCCCGCACUGCGAAUACUAUCCGGUCGACUAUCGAGGAGCAUUAGGUGGUCGAUGGCCCAUCUGUCAGAUGGAUUUCCCAAUCCACGGCAAAGCCGUGCUAAAUUUGGCAGACUUUGGAAUGAUGUCGGCCUUCGCAUACGAGCCUGCACAACAUGUGCCGUACUUGCUGAACGAGUACUUCCCUGGCUGGCGUGUGGCGUACGCUCACCUUCCGCUGGCUGUGCGAGGAGCGCACCACGACGUCACCACCUUCUUCGAGUUUACCUCGGCAGACAACAGCACCGCCGUGUUCGCAGUGCGUGGCACGACGGACUUUUUCGACGCGCUACAAGACAUGGAUCUUUGGUUGCCAGUGUUCAUGAUGUACAUCUUCGAGAACCUCGGCCCCAAUGUGGUGAAGCUGUGGGGACCUUCCAUUGCCUGGAUUUGUCGUCAAGUCUACAUGCUGCAGGACGCCAGGUUCACGCUCACCUUUAUCCACUUGCUGCAGGAGGUGAAAGCCCGAAUGAAGAGCCACCCGGAUCGGAACUACUACAUCACGGGGCACUCUUUAGGUGGGGGCAUCGCAAAGCUCGUUGCCGCAGAAGUUCAGAGAGAGGAGAUCCAACAUGCAGGCCGGCAAGUGGAGAUGACAGCCGUGGCGUUUGCAGCGCCAGGUAUCGGGGUGGCCGAAGCGCUGCUGUUCGGUGAGGAUCAGCUAUCAACGAAUCGCUACACCUCUGUCACAGUACGACCUCGGCACGAUAUUGUCUCUCGGAUCGAUCACAACACUGGUGCCACGAUCCCCGUCGGGUGCCGUGGAAACCCACGGCACUGCCACAGCAUCUACGCAACGCUAUGCGCCUUCUACAACAAGUGUGGAUCUUUGCGCCCAGACGUUGCUUUGAAAAUCCCGUGCGGCUGGUGCGAGCACAUGCCUUGUUGA